AAGAGCUCGUACCGACAUUUUGGGUAAACUCGGAAAAUUCUCUCGUCAGAGGACAAACAUUUAAUUUCUCAUACAAAUCCCAAUUAAAAACUAGUGAAAUCCAAAAUAAAUAUAUUAAAAAAUGCAUGAAUAAACAAUUGAAUGUGUUGCAAGGCUUCCCAAUCGCCCCUCGAGGCCGAAAGUGUGUGAAAAAUCUCGCAUCAUGGAUACCUAAGCUGAUGUGUUUUAGUUUUAGGGUGGAUAUCUCUCGAAAAGUUUUUUUUGGAAAUCUUUUGCUGCUGCUUUCUUUGUGUUUCCUCAAAAUAAUAUACACAUAGUUUUCCAACAAUAAAUAUUUUUCUAAUAAGAUGUCCCUGCUUUCAAUAUUGUAUUUUCCCAAAGUGGUGUGCCAUGUGAAAAUUAUUCCAAAAACCAAAUAAAAUGUGAUUUUUCUCAAAUCGCGUACAAAGGUUUUUUCUUUUUGUAUGUGCAAUUUUGUUCCUAGCUCAAAAAACGAAAAAAAAAAAUAGAAUCCUGCAAAGAAAACCAGUGGAGUUGCGCUUAGGAGGAGGUUUUCAAUACUCUUUCACCUGUAUAAUAUUUAAAUGGACAGAUUAAAAUGGUUCACCGCGGCGGGUUAGAAUCCAGUACAGAGAAAAGCAAAAAAGACGAUUUCAACUCAUGCAUAGCAGAAAAUGCCAAAACCGCCGACGAUGAUAUAUCAAAUAAUAAAAUCGAACAAACCGCAUCAAAAGCUAAACAAGUAAAGAAAGCCCCGAAAAAAGCGUCGCCGAAGACCCCAAAACUGCCAUUAUCCGAUCAUUCCAUUUCGCAGACUGUUGUUCGAUUAGAAAGAUCGCGAUUAAUUAAAACAAAAAAUAUACCCAGUCCGAAGGCUGCUGAUAUUACUAGUGUUAGUGGUACUAAAUCAAAGCGCCUUUCACCUGUGAGAGCAGGUCUGCGAAGUAGCAGUUUGGAAAGCCAUACAAGCACCACCAGCACCAGCAACAACAACAAUGCCAAAGCAAAGAAGAAGAAAGUUAUCACCAAGAAAGGUAAAGCUACCGACCCACUCGAAUGUCCAUCGAAAAAAACAGUGGACCAGAAUUCGAAAAACGCACAACAAACUAAGCUGUCUAAACAACUGCCACUCUCGUUAAUAUGCAGCCUACCCUUGAACAGACUUUCUGGAAUACUCGAAAAAAUAAAAACGAACAAAACGAAAUGCCUACCAAACGUAGAAGAAGACAACUCGUCCGAAGACAAGUCAAAUGUCGACAAAAGUUCAAGUCAAUGCAAAACCCUUUGCCUCUAUUGUGAUAAACGCAUGUCGACUGUGAAAGUCCGAGCUAGACACAUCGAACGUUUCCACACGAUUUCCAAAGAACGAAGAUCAAGCUCAAGGAAUCCUGUAACACCAACCUCUCAAGACUCUAAAGACCUCACAGCCACUUCAGCAUGCUCAUCUUCAUCAACACCAUCAACGCCCAUUUCAUCGACCACCAAUUUAUAUUUGAGUGGUUGUUCAUAUUGUUCCAAAUCAUCAAAACUACAAGCGGUUGCUUUAGAAAAUGAUCUCAGCGCUCUCUUUUUCCAUUUAGUAGACUUCCAUUCGGAUAAGUACUUUGGCUGUAAGGCAUGUGCAAUAAGGUUUCAAACAGCCACAAAACUAAGUGACCAUGUGCAACGCACUCAUUCCUCUUCAGAAAAAAGCUCCAAUCCUGUUGCAGCAGAGGAUGUUAAACCUCCUCUGGCAUCGGCAUCUGCAGAAGAGGAACGUGCUGUAAGCGAAAUCGGUAAAUCUACACCCACAAAGACACGGCGUCAAAUGAAGCAGACGGGGACUGAGGUUCCUCUGACGACACCGAAUCAAGUGGCAGCUUCAUCUUCGUCCUCGUCGACAGUAAAUCGAAAUGGAUCUAUGUUCUCGAACGAUGAACCAAUCUUAUCGCGCCUUGGUCUCACUCAGAAUAGGUUGCCUCGGGGACGCAAAGGAAUUCGUAGUCGUCGUCAAACCAACGUGGAUACUGUUAAGCCAGACACCAGUCUGAUGGCUGUGAAAACAAGGAGUAAACUUGGAAGGUUUAACACCUCAAAUGAACCCGUUGAAACUGUAUUUCGUACCCCAACUAAUACUCGCAUCGAGCCUUUAUCGUGCACUUUCGAUGAAGAUUUCUACGAAAAGGUUUUCAAUAAUGUAAGAACGAAUUUGAGCUGCCAUUUAGAUGGAAAGAUCGGUAGCGACACGGAGUCAAAUCGCCCCCAAAGCCCACCCCCUCUUUUGCCUGCCAUACGAAGUACAGUGGUUAAAAGCCCCCAGGUUCUCGAGAGUGAAGUUCACACUGCGACUAGUUUGGCGGCCUUAACAGCUUUCCCCACCUUACUCACAGCCGAACAGUACGGCUGCGACUUUGGCACAGCCAAAAUCAAACGACCCAUAACAAGGCACUCAUGGAAAUGGAAAUGGGACAGUGUCAAAAAAUACAAAUAUGUUAAUGAAGGUGGAAAGAUAGUGAAGAAAAUUAAGCAACCCAUGCUUGGUUUGAGGGAUUUAUCCAAAUUGGACAUGUGGACGCAGCUUACAAUGCGUCAAAAACACGAAGUGGUAAGAAAGCAAUCUGAAACGACGAGCAGCCAAAGCCUUGUUGAGUUUACUACUGACAAUGGUCGCGAAGAAAAGCAAAGGCAAGUCGAUCAGUUGAAUACUAUUUUAGACAGUCGUCGAUUGCCACAAAUUAUUAUGGAGCAAAACGAACAGACUAUCAUUAAGCUCGAAAUUACAGACGAAGGAUUUCGUUACCUGGCCGGAGAAAUGUCAUCGUCAUUUGAUCCUACGGAUAAUGAGGGCCCCAGUACGAGCCAGGCCAUUGAUCGCAUUAUACCAGCGAAUUUAAAUUUAAUUCCUAGUCGUUCGCUUGGCGAAUCUUUACGUCACUCAGUGGUGCUAAGUGGAGAAUGGGCCAGACCACGAUGCUACGUUUGUUUUGGUUGUGGUGCCAGAUUCGACAAACGCAAAGCGCUUGAAGAGCACAAAAUGUUCCGUCAUCCGCAUGUUUAUUCAACUCAUUAUGAAAUUGUUGGCAGAGAACUUAUUGAAGGAAAUCUCUAUAAACACUUCUUCAUCCCAUUAAAAGCACUCAGUCGCCAUAAGGAAUACGCGCAACGGAUACUUGUAAAUAAAAAGACUGAUUAUAACGUGUCGAAAUCAUCAAGUAAUUCUGGUAAUGAAGAAGAGUCCUUGGAUAGUCUUCAUUCGGUAACAGCUAGUUUCACAACUUUAAGCAGUAGUAAACUAAGUGAUGAUUGUGAUACCGAUACGAAAACUGCCAUUGAGAACGUAUCAUCGUUCGCAGAACCAUUAUCACCACAAUUAUUAACAAAGAACGACCCUAACAGUUCCGCGGCUGUUUCUAGUUCUUCAAUGGAUUGCACAAAAUGCAAUAGAAACUGUCAUGGAAUGUUAGAACUUUAUAGGCAUAUGUUGGAUUGUUCUGGUGACUACGCUUGGAUUUUGGCUAAAAAGAAGAAGUACCGUUAUUAUGGGAGUCGCAAACGACGAACGUUCAAUAGACAAAAUAUAUCUGCCUUACACUUGCAUAGGCGCAAAGUUAAGGUAUCUAAAGAAGAAAACGAAUCAGAUGAAACUCCGAAGAAGAAGUAUAUGUCGCCAUCAACACCUCGUCCCAGAGCAAGUGAUGCCGAUUCUAUAAGAAAAAUGCUAGAGAAUCUUCCUCCAAAACGUGUUUGUCGAGAAAUAAUACCAAAUGCUACAAAACCAAGAUCAAGAAAAUUCAAAACAACCGCCAGUUGCAGAAAAAUUCAGCAAAAUUCUACAAACAAUUGCAAGAAGUCCAAUACAACGCUAACAGCUAUAUCUAAGAAAAUACUGCGCAAUCAUAAAUUGCGUGGGAUUUCUGAUAAAGACAAAAUUUCGCGAAAUAAAAAAAUAUUGGAAACUAAACGAAAAUCUGCACGAGUCAAAAGUCGUGUAGUUGCAAAUAAAAAUGUUCAUUCCCAAAAUAAGAAGACAAACAAAAAGACUGAGACGGGAAGAGGUGGAAUUGUUAGGAAAAUUGGUGCAACAACAAAGCGUUUUGUUAAAAAAAUCAAAAAGCGUCUGCUUGGUGGUAAAUCGGAUAGCAACUCGGCAACAAAAAACGAAAAAGCGAAACCCACCGAAGAGGAAAAAAAGCCAUCGUCAAAAAUAUCAGCAGUUCGAAAACUAACUUUCGAUAAUAAGGAACAAGAAGUUGUCAAUAUACAAGACAAUUGCAGCCAAGAUAAAACAACAACACCAGCUAUAGUGAGUAGCCCGCCUACGACUGAAGUAAAAGAUAUAAACGAUAGCAAGAUUGAGAAACCCAAUUCAAUUGAAAAUGAAAGUAAAGAACAGGAUCACAGUGAAAACCAAGGUCAGAUACCAACGAUUACCAUUGAGACAAACUUUGAACCUUUGAAAAAGCUGCAUGACACAAGUUUAAACGAAGAUCUAAGCCUAAGCUUAAGAUCGGAAGGUUCAACAGAAAACCUUCAUGAACAACAAAGCGACCUUUCUGCAAGUACAGAAGAUUUGAACAGACUUAACCCGAACUUUUUGCACAACCAAGUGAGCCCAACAACAAAGCGAAGAAGUAAAAAAAUCAACGAUUGCAUUGCCAUGCUUACUGGAAAAAUUCAAGAAAAACUAGGCAAACCAUUUUUAGAAUGUAAAGAAACACAAGGUGCUGAUAAAGCUAAGAUUCAAAGUAAUACCGAUGCUAACGUCGUUCUCCCAAGUUCAGAAACAAAGGACACUAAACCAACCAAGAGAAAGGCCCCAACUCGAAAAAUUGUAAAAUGUGAUCAGUCUUCUGAAGGUAAUAUUGAAAUUUUGUUCCCAGAAAAAAUGCCAGUUGAGGUCCAUGAAUUACCGCAGAAAAUUUGUAGUCCGCCUAAACAAUCUGCUACGAAACGAACCUCAACAAAACAGUCCCCGGUGCCAGUGGAAGAGCUAAAAGAGUCUCUAGGAGCGGAACCACAAUUGAACAGCGGUACAUUAUUGAAACAACAUUUGCAAGAAAAACUCAUACAAAAGGAAAUACCGGUCAACGUUCUAACACUCUUACCAGAGAAGUUAAAGGAAACAUUGCCAAAGGUUUCAAAAGAUUUGCCACAGAAGCCGGUUCUACCGAAAGAAACAUCUUGUGUGGUCGCUUCAAUUACCGAGCCAAAACUAAAAGAUGUUGUUUUAAUGAAGCCCCCAUUAAAUAAUCCACCAUAUAAAGAUCCAAACUUAAAGGACCCUUACUUAAUGGAAUCAAUAUUGAAGGACACUCCUCUUAAGAAUUUACCAAAAGACCUACAGCUGAAGAAUCUUUUAAAGGAACCUCUGUUGAUGGAUUCAUUAUUAAAAGACACAUCAUUGCAUCCAUAUAAGCCACCUUUCGAGGACCUGCCUUCGAAUUCUGUACAAUCUCUUAGCGCAUCUCCUCAUAAAAAAGAAAGUCAGACAAAUCGAAAAACACCUCAGUUACCAUCCGCAUCUGCUGCCACUGUUUUUAGUAACACUCCACUCUUGACCCCCUUCAAUAUUGACCCAAGGAAGCCACAAGAAAUCCCACCACCAUAUGCAAAUUUCAAACCAGUUUCAGUGGGUAGAAUUCCUCCCCCUCCAGUCACAAUUGAAAUAGUAACCCCAGCUCCAGUUUUAUUAAAUGAAAUUGUUCCUAAAAAACUACCGAAACAACCUCCCUUGCAGCAGCAGUGUGUUAUAAAUGCUGACACUAUUCGUGUACCAAGUGUCAAGCUACCACAACAAUUAUCGAUACCCCAAUUUAUGCCGGUUCAGCAGCAGCAACAACAACAGCAGCAGCAAGUACCCGCACCAAGAGGAAUGAUCACAAAACGUCGACAAACAAUUGCGGGUGCACCCAAUGAUUUCUUGUACGACAUGAGUUCCUUACGUUGUGGCAAUGCCUACAACAAUUUGCCAUUCGAACUAGAAGUGCCAUUAGAUUUGUCAAAGAAGCCCAAACGCUCGUCGCCAAAGGCGAAACAAAAUGCAACAAAGGUCACACCACAACCUGUGCAUUUUCCACAGAUUUCAGUCAAACCAAAUGCUGUUCUUAUGCCCCCAGUUCCUUAUCAACUGCCUAUUCUACCACAGACCCAAAUUAUACCAAUUAUGCGUGAAUCUCUACUCCCCAUAAGUUCCGUACCACAAGUUCCUUUACAAAACCCACCACUUAUUUUCCCCACAGAUAUCCCGGCUGCUAAACCGACAACAAGUACACCUCGAAAAAGAGCAACUAAUAACAAAAAACAACAAGACCCUGUUGCUAAUAGUAUUCCAACAAUAGUGAAUGUGCCCGUUGAUGCUCCACCACCUAAGAAAGUUUCAAAAAAAGUAACUACUCCAGUGGUGGAUGCCAACAAAUUAAACCCUCAUUUAAUCCCAUUACCAAUCGAAAAUACGAAUUUGAUCAAAGAAAAAAGUAUACCAUCACAGCCUGUUAUUGAAACCAAUAACAAAACACCAUUGCUAGACAAGGCUACAAUAUCCGAGCAUAAACCAGCAAGCAGUACUCCGGAGGUUAUCACAAAUAUGUUAAAACCAACUACAACUGACAUAACGAAUGAACCAAUUGUUACUCAGCAAACAGAAGAUAGUUUACCUUCAUGUGCAGUGACUCCAAACCCUCAGACAGAUGUGGCUCCAAUCCCUCAGACAACUCCGAUUCUACCCACUAAGACACCUGUGAUAACGCCCAUACCCUUAUCAGAGCUUACCAAUCCGAAGGAAGAGCAAAAAAUAACUAAAGUCGAUGCAAAGGAAACUAAGAAAUCAAAGACAAACAAAAAGCCUGCACCGGUCACAACGCCUAAAAAGGGUUCGCCUUCAUCCAGCUCCGUCUUGAUAAGCAAUCAAGAUAACAAAACAACAGAAGAGACUGCGGCUAAAAGUGAAUGCAAAAAUGGAUCAUCGCCUGACUCCCAAAAAUUAAUCCCAACACGAAGAAGCAGAAGAAACAAAGUAACAGAACAAAGUGAAGCUAAGAAACCAGCUUCAACAGCAACUCCAACUACUCCAGCUGCCCCAACUACUCCAGCUGCCCCAACUACUCCAGCUGCCUCAAGUACUCCAGCUGCCCCAACUACUCCAGCUGCCCCAACUACUCCAGCUGCCCCAACUACUCCAGCUGCCCCAACUACUCCAGCUGCCCCAACUACUCCAGCAACGCUAAUUACUUCAGCAACAUCAACUACUCCAGCUACACCAACUACGCCAGCUACAUCAACUACUCCAGCUAAACCAACUACCCCAGCUACACCAACUAAUCCAGCUACACCAACUACUCCAGCUACACAAACUACUCCAGCUACACAAACUACACCAGCUACACAAACUACUCCAGCUACACCUGCUCAACCUCCAACUUCAGCUCUUAAGGAAAUAGAAGAGAUUGCAGCAAGUUUCUUGAGUGACGACGAGGUAGAAAAUGAAGUAACUGACUCUCCUUUAAAGAAACAGCAACAACAGCGUCAAGAGCCAAAACCAUUAGAAAUUCCUCCACAACCACAAGAACAGCCAAAAACAAACAAAAAAGUAAUGGAUCAUAAGCAAAUUGAACCAUCUCCAACUCCAGGCUUACAAAUCCAAGACAAAAAAGAAUCGACAGAGGACAAUGAAGUAGUUUCCGUGACCAAUAACAAAGAAAGCGAACCAACAACGAACAAACAGGACUCCGGUAAGAAACCUAGGCGACGAAGAAAGAACGAACUGGCUUCAAUAGUAGCAGAUCAAUUAAUGGAGAGUUUCAAAGAAACUGAUAAAUCUCGAAUAGAUGAUUUGAAGCGACUAGAAGAAUUAGCAUAUGAGAAGAGUGAAGACUUAUUGCUAACUGGAAUGCGUCUUAUGCCGACAACCAAGCGAAAAAACGUUCUAGAAAAUAAGAAGGAUUUGAGUGCAGAAGUAGAGUCUAAGGUUGUUAAUUCAGUCAAAGAAUCCAAGAAACUGAAAGCUGAAUUGGCAAAGGAAAAGCCUUCAACUGCUCAAAAAGAUGAUUUAGAAUCAAAGCCUAAAGCAGAUUUGACAAAGGAAAAAGAGAAAGACAAAGAAAAAGAAAAGAGUGCAAGUGUUCAAAAAGCAAGUGGAGAAUUAUUUAAGGAUCAUAAAGACAAGCAAAAAGUCGUCGAAGUAAAAUUAAAGACCCAAACCGAACUUGCGACGCCGAGUAACCAGCCGAAAUUAAUAAUCAGGGAUGACCUUAAAACAAAGCCACUACCCAUAGACUUUAGUAGCUAUCGAUCGAACUCUAUGGACAGUUGGUCGAAUCGGGGGUUAAAGCAUCCGAAUACCGAAAAACAAUCGCCGCUCACUGAUGUAUCACCGACCAGCGACAUAAUGCCCGCUGCCCCCAAAGAUAAAAAGACCAAGAAAAAGCAAAUGAAAAAACGUGAUAAAAAAAUCGAAAUCGAAAAUAUCAACCAGCUGCGGACUGGGCUGGAAUCAUUCACUUUAAGCAAGGAUGUGGUUGACAAUGGGAACGAUACCUUGGUAGGAUCUGGCACUCGUGUUGCAGACCAUGCACAUUCUAUGGUUGACUUGUUUUCAUCAACAACACAGCCAAUUCCGACACAGCUAACUCCGACACAGCCAACUCCGACAGGGACAACUGUGUCUGGAAAAGAUGUGUCUCCAUUUGGGAAUUUCAGCAAUGUUAAAACAUCGUCGUCCAUACUGCGGCCGAGUAUAUUAGCAGCAUCAUUCGAUAUUGUUGCUUCAAACAAAGAGAACCCACAACAGAGCGCGGAUCGGAAGUCGAAUAUAUCAAGUCGCGAUCCUCGAUUGAAUAAAAACAUUCACACUGAAGAAGGUGAUCAUGUGAAUGUGCCACCCGAAACUACAUCUCGCUUGGCAACGCUGCGAACAAGGAGGAAAUCCUUUGCUGAUGCAACUCCACCGACAUAUACUAGUCGGGCGAAUUCCCGUUCUACACCUAGCAAGCGUUCCACUGCUGGAAGUCGGCGUAAUUCUCUGGCAUUCGAUGACGAUGAAGAUGAUAACUAUCUAACGGCAAUUGCGAAAAGAGUAAAUGACAAAAUAAUGUCAGCUGAGGACAAGGACUUCAAUCUUGCAAACGAUGGUUUUGAGCUCGCUAGUUCAUUCCUAGACCAAAAUGAUCCAUUUGAACGCCCAUCGACCUCGAUGAGUGUUCGAAGUGCACCAAAUUUUAACGAAGAUCGUUCGAACAUGGACACGAUGGAUGCAACAAACACCGACCUCAUAGACAUGGACGUGGACGAUGAUAUGAGUGUUUAUACGACUUUCUCGCAGGAUACUACUCGAAGUAAGGGAGGUAGACGCAGACGUAGACGAAGAAGUGUUCUUCUGACACGUAAACCCAAGAAAACCAAUGUCAAUUUAUUGGAUUCCAUGGAAACAUUUGAUUGCCUCUUAUGUAAUAAGAAGUUUGCUAAAGCAGUUGCUUUGAAUAAACAUCAAUUGACAAUUGCCCACGUUUCGAAAGUCUCUGAGCAAGAGUAUUUAAAUGCUACAAGAAAGAAGGAGGAAGAAAAGGCAAAGGAACAAGAAACACAAUCCAAAGAAGUGACUUCUACUGCUAAACCAAUUACCACCGCACCACCUAGUUCUUUAACAACUGCAAUUGCUGAUAGCCCUAAACAAUAUUUUAACGCCAUUCAAAGUAUUCGAUUGGAGGAGAAAAACAUUGUUCCUCCAUUAAAAGCAACAGAAACUCAAGAAAAGAUAGUUGAAAAGGUUCAAAAGUCUCAUCAACAAAAAGUUCCAUUCAUCCCUCCAAAUAGUAUACUUAACCAAUCGGGAAUCGAGCCAAUUUCAUCACCAGAGCAAAACUAUGAACGCUACUCUACGAAAACUUCAUCCAGACUCACCCUAAAUCCCGAUGAACGGCUUUUUUAUGAAUGUUGUAAUAUUUUGAAAGGCUCUGAGACACCUUUGGUAGAGAGGACCUAUCCAAUUGUACCACCUACAACAUAUGCUUAUGAUUUACAAGUAAAACCCGUCACACCAAAAUCACCGAACGAAAGGUUUUCUUACAUGAAACAAUCGACUUCAGAAACCAACGGUAAGCGAGAAGCUGGAAGCUACCCGAGACUUGAUGUAAAUCAAUUUAGUGAUAUUUCAUCAGAUUCAAAUCCAGCUUGUGCCCAACCACCACCGGUCUUACCUGUAAACUACGCUCAAAUGCAUGUUUUGUCUGGUGCAAAAGAGCAAGCUUUUUUGACAAGUGAUGUUGCGGGUGCGGGAGUUGGUGUUGGUGCUGGAGCGCAAAAAAGUAAUUUACAACGAGAGAGUUCAAUUCUGCAAAUAGCUUCGAUUGCUGCGCCUAAUCUCAUAACGCCUACACCUUUGACAGCACGAACUUUUGUAAAUCAGCCAUCACAAAUUGGAACACAUUUACACGGGAUGGAGGGUUCAGCUGCUGGCGGUCAAAAACAAAAUUUCAUUUCACCUCUUCACUCGGCAUCAUCUCAAAGUUCUACAAUUACUACAACAACUUGUCGACUUAAAACCAAAGCCGCUAUGAAGGGCUAUGAUAAUUUAAAAGUGUCUAUUCCCACAAUAGGAUUGGACAUGGAACACGCCUUAGAACGUAGCCCACGGCCAGGCUGUAAACUAACAACUUUGGCUGACAUAGCACUUGGAAAUGAAACACCUCACACAACAUUUACACCUUCAUCGCUACAAAUGCACAAUGACCAAAAGUCCAAAUGCAAACAAAAACCUUCCACAAACAGUGAAAUUCCUAUUAAUUUCCCUGCCAUUUUGCAGAGCCAACCAACAAAAGAAAAUCAAGUGUCAUUAAACAAGAAAAGAGAAAAUUCGCCGAUUAAAGAAUGCUCGCUUGUGAUAUCGGUUCACGAUACCGAAAGCUGCAUGCCAAUUGUAUUAAGUUCACCCAAAAAACCCGAAAGUAUUAUUCCCAAAGACAUUUAUGAAUUCGAUGAUUCUGAAAAUACUCCCAUUUCAAAAGCUAUACAAUCACCAUUCAAGUUAGCAGAAGAUAAUGAUGCAGGUCCUAAAAAAGCAAUUAUCAUUCCUGAGAGACCAUUCAAAAAUAUUGGAAUGGAAGAAAAGGAAGCAAUUAAAUUCCAAAAACCAGAAACACCAGCCAUCAACGAUGAGAAUACAACAUCCACAGUAACCUACUCGGAUCGAGAUGACUUUGUUUAUGGCUCAAUGAGUGGCGGUGAUGAUGACAACGACAACGACAAUGAUAACGAUAACGAUGACAACAAGGAAACUCACGUCGAUUCUGACGAAAGUAGUAAUUCGAGUGCGUUCACGGCGAAAACAUUUGAAAACAAAUCCCUUAUUAUGGGACGUAUUUUCAAGAAUGCUAAAACAAAGCCGAAAUUACCCGUCGAAAAGCCUGUACUACCCACUCCCGAACCACCGAAGCAAAUUCCAAAACAAGAGCUCGAUAGGCUAUUCGACACGUUGAGAGGCGUAAAUGAGAAUCGCCAAAAUGCAAAAGAAGAAAGGGAGGAAAAUGUCGCUAACACAUCGAGGAAGAAAGAAACUCAAACGGCUAAAAGAAAAGCAACAGAAACCGCCAAGGCCGCAAAGACUAAACCAACAACUAAUAAACCAAAUAAACGGGUUGCAAAGAAAACCGAACAACAAACUUCGAAAGAAAUGUCUCAACUGCAUGCUGAACUUGGAAUGUCCCCAGCCGAAAUAGCAGAGCUAAUUGGUGAAGGGCAGAGAAAGUCCCAGAGAAGAUGUGCCGUCAAUCGACCAAAAAAACUAGUUGAAAUAUGGAGCUCUGAUGAAUUUGAAGAAUUUCUAUCGACGAAAGACAUCAUUGCUCUGAUCGAAGAAAAGGAACAAAAAACGAAGAAAAAGAAGAAAACCGCAUCUACCCUCUCGAAGAAAUCAAAUCUAACCGCAGCUUCAAGUAGAAACAGCAAAAAGGAUGCUGACGAUCAAUCAGUUACCCAAUCGGAAGACGACAAAUCCCAUAGUGCUCCUGCUUCUCCACAAAAAAGCCUAAAAAAUAACACCCCUGAAACUUCGAAAGCAGCCAAACUUGCAAACGCAGCCAAGAGUACUAAAACACCCAAGGGAAAGAAGAAAGGUGCUACUGCUACAGCUAACACUCCCGCCAUCACACCUGCUCCGGCACCCGCGCCUGCACCUAAAGUAACUGCGAGACCACAAAGAGAAACCAAACCGACGACAAGCGGAAGGAAUCCUAUUGAAUCUACAAAAACCAAUAGUUCACCCUUUAAAAAACCAACGCAAAAGAAUAUUAUUUCUAAAAUUGCCGCUGACGACUCUGAGAGCGAUUUCGAAGCUGAGCUAAAUCGAAGAACCAAGACGGCCGGGCCAAUUCGUAAUCGCCGAAAAACAAUUUCAGGUAAAUUAGAAAAUGAUGCUGGAUCAUCAUCGAGCGGUGCUAAUAAUAAGAAAGCUGCUGCGGGAAAAACAAAAAAUGAAAAAUCAGAAACCCGCAGCUCUUCCAAACCAAAAACAACACAACCGUCGACCGCUGAUAGUUUACAAAGUAGGCCACAAGCCAGAAGAAAAAGAAUAGCAUCUGAAAUGCUCUACUAUUGGUCGUCGUCAAGUGACGAGGAAUUCGGUCGAAUUGAAUCGCCACAUGACGACGAACAUCAUAUUGAAGAAAGCGAAAACUAUCAGCAGCACGGUUGGAUUGUCGGCGAUUCACACAAAAAGUUGGUGACGCUUCUCGCAAUAGCUAAGGGCAAUAAAAAAGUCGAUGAUUGCGGUGUAAAGGAGACUAGCUCUAAGAAAAAGAGCUAGACCCUUUCUCAAAAAAGCAAUCAAUGUUGUGCAAUCUGAAAUCAUACCAUUUUUAACAUGUCAAUUUAGUGUUAAUUGUAAUGUCUCUUCCUUUUUUUCCAUUAAUCCAAUUGUGACAAUAAAACAGUCGACAGAUUUGUAUUAAUAAUAUUAUUUACAGCAAAAGCAAAUCAACCAAUCCGCAAUAAUAAAAAUUGAAUAUUGAAAAUUGUAAAAAAAAAAAAUAAUAAUAACAAAACUGAAUAGCAUUAAGAAGAGUCCAAGAGCAUGGAAACAAAUUUAAAUUUUUAGCAAUAGUGUAGAAGCGAGAUUCAGACCACAUGUUUUAAUGGUGUAAAUAGUUUUGUUUUAGGUUAGAAUAUAGUCAUUAUAAUUUAUAUAUGUAUAUGGUAUAUAUAUAAAUUGCUAAUAGCUUAAAAUUUAAAAAAAUAAAUUAAUUAUUCAAAUGUUUGUUUAAAUUAAACGGAUAUAGAACAAAAAUAUAAUACAUAUGUCAAAGAGAAAAUUGUAUUCAUAACUUGACAUUAUGAAGCCUCGAGCGAAUAUAGCAUGUAAAUGUAUUUUAUUUUUUGUAUUAUUGUAACAACAAACCUCCACUCACUCUCCUAAUCCCAGAAACCAAACCAUUAUGUCUUGAUCUUGACCAUUGCACAAUUAUUGUUUAAUCGUUCCUUCUCCUCAUAUAUAUGAUAUAUGUAUGUAUAAAAUAAAAAUUGGCAACAUAAAAGUUUUAAAUAUAAUAUUUUACUGUAGGCUCUCUUUUGAUUUUGCUUAUGAUGAGACAUUAUAUUAUGUAAUUUAGAUGAAAUGAAUUAAUUAUUAUUAUAAAAGAAAAGAAAACAAAAAUACAAUAGAUAUCAAAUCUAUAUUAUACACUUACUAUUCCGUAGUUUCAUCAACUAUCCGUUUACAAAAAAGAAAAAGAAACAAAACAAAAAAAAAAAGAAAUAAAAUUAUAACAAAACAAAAAAAUAAUUUUAAGUAUUUAAUAGAUGUAAAAUAUAUAAUUGAAAACAAAAAAAUAUAAUUGAGAAACAAAAAUGUGCAAGUGUUUUUUUUGUAUAAUUUGUUUUAUAAUUUUUGCUCUUAAACACAUAAAUCUAUAUAUACAUAAAUGAUAAUUUUAUUUCCAUUUAUUUUCCAUGUUUUCAUAUUUUUGGGAAAUAUUUAAUUCAUUUAAGGAAUGUUAUAAAAAGCAUUGGAAAGAGAGUUCAUAUCGAACUGUACAAUGUGUAAAGAAAAGUAAUAAGAAAAAAAUAAAUAUUUUUAUUAAAUAUGGACAAUGUAAUAUCAUUAAAUUUAUACAUAAAUAAAUCAAACUUAUGACAAAA